AAAGCCCAUUGAACCUCAAAGUUGUCUCCUAACACUUUCUCCCGAAUUCAAUGAAGAAACGGGACUUAUUGUAGUGGGCGGUAAGCUCAGGCGUGUAGAGGAUAUGGAACCUGGAAUGGUUCAUCCAAUCGUCCUCGACCCCAAACAUCCAUUGACCCAGUUAAUUAUUAAGGACUGUGACGAGAAACUUUUCCAUCCUGGUCCAGAGAGAGUUUUCUCAGAACUUCGACGUAAUUACUGGAUAAUUAGAGGGAGACAAGCCGUAAAAAAACAUCAGUGGUCUUGUUUUCAAUGUAGGAAGUGGAGAGCCAAGCCAUCUAUUCCUCAAAUGUCAGAUCUUCCACUCUCCAAGCUCCGGUUGUUCAAACCUCCCUUUUGGUCCACCGGAAUGGACUGUUUUGGUCCCUUCCAUGUAAAUAUUGGCCGUAGAACAGAGAAGAGAUGGGGCAUUCUGUUUAAGUGUCAGACCACUCGAUGCCUGCACCUUGAUUUGUUGAGCAGUUUAGAUGUGGACAGCUUUCUAAUGGGCCUACGUCGUUUCAUAUCCAGGAGAGGUAGGCCGUAUGAGAUUCUUUGUGAUCAGGGAAGCAAUUUCCGUGGAGCUGCAAGAGAGUUAAAGGAAGCCUUCCAGAACCUUCCCACUGAGCUACAAGACAAAUUGGAAAAGCAGCAGAUCAAAUUUAAGUUUAAUCCACCACAAGCUCCUCAUUUUGGGGGAUCAUGGGAAAGAGAGGUCCGUUCUGUUAAAACAGCAUUGCGGGUGGUACUCGGCAGUCAAACCGUAUCAGAGGAAGUCCUACGGACCGUUUUGACAGAAGUUGAAGGAGUGUUAAAUUCAAAGCCACUUGGUUACGCCUCUUCAAACAUUUCAGACCUCGACCCCAUUACUCCAAAUCUCCUCCUCAUGGGGCGGCGAGAUUCGUCUUUACCUCAGGUGAUUUAUGCCAAUACUAAGCUCCUUGGCCGCAGAUCUUGGCGCCACAGCCAGGCCCUCGUUGACCAGUUUUGGACAUCUUUUAUCCGACAUUACUUACCAGGUCAGCAGCUCUGUCAAAAAUGGAAUCGAGAAAAACCUAAUCUAAAUGACUCUGCUGUCGUGUUAGUAAUUGAUUUUCAACUCCCAAGAGCAUCAUGGCCCAUUGGCAGGGUAGUACGCCUCUUACCUAGUCAGGAUGGACGUGUCAGAGUAGCUGAGAUUGAUAUUAAUGGAAAGACGUAUGUACGUCCAGUUGCUAAGUUGAUUCCAUUACCUGAAAUAGAUGAGUAAUAGCAAAUACAUGACUGUAUUUGGGGGCGGCUGUUGUGAAUUUGAUCCUUUAAUUAUACUUUUUAUUUAUUUUUUUUUCUUUCUCCUUACAUAUUUGCACUUCAUAUCCCACAAUCCUUUUGUCAGUUUCACUACAUUACCCAUACACCCCCUGGGCAAGGUCUAUAAGUAGACCUCACUUCCUCCCUUUUUUCCUUUGUAUUGGUGAGGUGUGGUGGUUGGAAUGGACACCCAACCAUGUCCUUUCCUUAGGAUGCGUUGAUGACUAAAGACCAUCUUGUACGUCCUGUUUAUCCUGUCCCUCCAUUAACAUCUGUUCAUUGGCAUCAUGUGUGUCAGCUCCAUGUGAAUUAAGACUUUAUCAUCCUGAACUGAAAAUAAAAGAGAGCAAAGGACUG